AUGUCUAAUACACCAACAUCAACUGAAGAAUUAUCUAAUACUGAUGCAACAUCAACUGAUGAACAACCAAGAAAAUAUCUUCGAAGAAAUAAUGAUGUCAGUACUGGCGUUACAACUCGGUCUCGACAACGCGAACAAGAUAUGAAAAAUAAAGAUAUUGAAUCGAUGCCGACUGACCCAUCAUCAUCAUUAAAUACGCUUGAUACUUCAUCUGCGACAGAACAAUGUGCUAUAUGUAUGGAGAAUUUUACUAAUCAAGAAGUUGGUAUACCAGAAAACUGUGAACAUUCAUUCUGUUUGACAUGUAUUAUUGCAUGGGCUAAGAAAAAUAACUCCUGUCCAAUUGAUCGUAAACAUUUUCUUCGAAUAUUCAAAAAACAUGCGUUUACGAGUUCAAAACGAUAUGAUACCAUCGAGGUACAAGAUAAUCGUUUAGAAGUUCAAUUGGAAGCUGACUUUCUUGAAAUGAUUGAUGAUGAUAUAUCAUGUCGUGUUUGCGGUCGAGAUGAUCAAGAAGAUCUUUUAUUAAUAUGCGAUGAAUGUGGAAAUGGUUACCAUACUUUCUGUUUGGAAUUACCUGGUGUUCCUGAUGCAGCCGAAUGGAUGUGUCCAUUAUGUGAAGUUGAUCAAUUAUCAGCUGCUGAAGAUUUAUAUGAAGAUAGUGAUCUUGAAGAACUUCAGCAUAUACUUUUCGAUGAUUCAUUAAAUGCAACUGAAACUGAUAAUGAGCUUGCUGAUGCCGUUACCACUGUUCGACAGCCACGAGUACGACAAACGGCACGUAUGAGAACCGGUGGUGCACGUAAUCAACGUACAGCAACAGCGCCAAAUACAAGAUCACGUCGUCGUCAACGACAACCAAGACGACGACGUGCACCGACGGCAAGACGAUUAACAUUAGUGGAACAGCAAAGACAACGCCAAAGACGUCAACGGCGAGUUUUACGUAAUGUUAAUCGAAGAAUUGAACAUGUUAACACAAGAACCAGAGAAGGUACAACCGUAGCUACUACAGCAACUGCUACUCAUCGACAUGAUACACCACGAUUAUCUAUGUUUACUAGUGAACCAGUUGGAAUCGAGGAUGAGCCAAUAACAACAACAACUAUGGUACCAUCAAAUCGAGCCAUCAUUACUGCAAAUGAAGCAGCUCGUCGAAUAGCAGCUAGUGGCAUACCAAUUAUAUCUCGUAGUCAUACAGAACCAUCGAUAAGUCGAGAAUUAAGUGUACGACGAACACCAACGCUUGACCGUGUACCAUCACGAACAAUUCGUCCGUCACCAUUGCCGCCAGCACCACCAAGAAUACCUAUUAGUCAAUUACCACGUAUUCAACGUCGAAACGAUGCACCAUCUCGACCACGUCCAACACUACCAGUACCACCACCACCACGAUCAUCCACUCGAACAUCGAAUGCUGCACCAUCAUUUCUUGACACUCUUCUUAAUUCUCAAGAGCGUCUUCAUAAUUUACAAAAUGUGCGAAUUCAUGGGCCGCAUAUUCAAAUAUGA